AUGACGACCUUCACGUGUCGUAUUCAAUAUCUAGAUGAUCGUGAUCCAUUUUAUUGCGAUUCUGUCUCAAUCAUGGAACCUAUGCGUCCGCCAAUGUAUACAUUUCUAUUGGAAAUACCGUUGAAAGUUCAACUACCAGGAAUACAUAAAUGCUUGCAAGCUCCACAUCGUCUUGAAGAUGCAGCUCUGCAGCUUUGUCGGUUCGCUCAGGCUCAAUCGGAAUUCGGAUCCUACCUAGACUUGGAUUCCAGUUUACAGGAGCAAUGGGAGGAUCUUGAGAUCUCUUCAGAUCAAGAAAACAGCAUUGUCCUCCGGACCAAAUUGGUAGUACGUGUGAAAGCAAUCAUCGAAAAGUUACUAAAUUCUACCGGUCGUGAGCUGAGACGAGCCCUAUUUUCAUUGAAACAAAUCUUUCAGGAUGAUAAAGAUUUAGUGCAUGAAUUUGUCACCAACUCCGGUUUGGAUUGUCUGGUCAGUGUCGGAUCGCGGUCCGAUCAGAAUUUGCAAAACUACAUCCUUCGAGCCACCUCUGGUCGACCAUGGUCUUACAUAAUGGCCAUUCUGAAUAAUGAGGCCAGCGGUGCCGAAUUGCCCAUCUAUGCGAUGACUUUGGUCAACAAGACGUUGAACGCGAUCCCCGAUCAGGACACGUUCUAUGAUGUGACCGACAGUUUGGAAGAGAUGGGUAUGCAAAAGCUGAUCCAAGUCUACCUGAGCAAGAAAUCUUGUGAUCCGGAAUUGGCCGAACAGUUCCAUUUGUAUGAAGCAGCUCUCAGAUACGAGGAUGGUGAAGAAUAUGAUUUGAACGGGAUAUCCGCAGGCAGCCGCGAAGGACUACGUCAGACCAAACGCAUGUCCAGAUUGGAAUUCCUUGAGACACCGGAAGGUCAAGCUUUGCUAUCGUCCAUGAAUGCAUUGCCAACUUCACCUGCAAUGGCGAUUGAUAUGGAUGGCUCGUUGACACGAAAAUCAAAACGUUUCCAGUCCGUGGAAUGUCUGAAUGCACCGAAACGCGGACCCGGUUUACCCAGACCAGACGGGAAACACACAUCGAACGGAUUGAACGUGAACGUGGAAAGUGUCGCCGAGGAGGCUGGCACGAAAUACGGAUCCGGUUCACGCAUUCUGCUUGUCUACGAGAAGAAUGACGAACAGAAACACCUCGAUUCGGAUCGGGCUGGGGCGCCGGAAAACAAAUCCAGCGAUCCACCAAUCUCCGAGCUACUCAUUGAGACUGGUCCCCAGACUCCACUAAUUCAUCGAGCCCAAUCUGAUCCAGAUCAGGUUCUCCCCAAUCCAACACAUAACGGGCCAACGCUAUUCUUUGUCGAGGACUCAUCGAAUCCACGAACCGCUGACUCAACAUUGAGUGGUUCUGCCGACUCGGUUCCGGAAUAUCCACCGAUGGUUGAAUUAAAAUCCUCCCCACCACCACGUCCGCAUUCCCAUUUGGGUUGUAUACGAGAACUGAUGCCGGGUGAAGAAAAGCACUCCGCGGACUCGACCGCAAGUAGAAACGCCACCAACUGUGCACUCACCGUGCCAAGUGCAAUCGAAUGUCUAGUUAGUCGAACAACAAACGGCCACGGGGACCGGAUGUUUGCAAAACGUCUACAAAUGAAUGAUGAGGCACAUGCCAGCGAUGACUCGGCAGAUGAUUUACGGGGUAAAUCAGUCACGGUGGGUGAAAGUCCACAGGCCGGUUCGUUGCGAACCAAGCUAGAAGCGUUGAACAAGGCCAGUCAACGACAAAACGAGCCCCCCAUCAGUCCGGUGAAUGGAUCCACCCCUAAUGUUCAAACUGGUGGUGUGAGGGCGCUGAAAGAAAAGCAUGCCACCAUGUUCGAUAAGCCGGAGGAGCCAGUCAAAGUACCAGCUCCUCGAGAACGAAGUGGCAUGAUAUUGUCAGCAAAGGAACGUUUCGAAUCUGGUAUGGCGGCGAAGCCACCAAGCGUGCCCAGCGCAACCGGUGCUCAGUCCAGAAAGGGUAUAGCUGAUGGAGCGGUCAGCCCCAGUGUUACUUCAGAUGUCGAGUCAAAUGUGGAAGCAUUUUGGGAGGGUUGUAUGGAACGUGUCAAGCGUAAACCUUUACGUUUGCACGAUUUCGAUUUUACCGAUCUUGACCCGGAAGAACCGGAGACGUCUCAUGACUCGGUGUCUACCGGGUCUGUUCCCAAGGUAUCCGGUAUUCCACCACCACCACCCAGUUUGGGUGAUGGUAUACCUCCGCCGCCACCUCCGCCUCCUGGGAUCGGCGGUGUUCCGCCACCACCACCACCACCUCCACCCCUAAGUAGUGGAGUUCCUCCUCCUCCUCCGCCGCCGGGUGGUUCGUCCAGUGCAGCCACUCCGUCAGUUAAUCUGCCUCCUGCCCCCGGAACUGAGCUUCCCAAAUCUAAGAAAACCAUCAAAUUGCAUUGGUCCGAAUGGAAACCUACACCGAAAGACAUUAAACUACUUGCCAGUGUUAAAGCAAACACCCCCGGUCAAGACAAACCGGACAGUGCUGGUGGACGAGGGAUCGGUAGUCGAUUUUUUGCCUCAGUCACCAAUCGGGGCAAAGAGAUCAAAGAGAAACCGAAAGAUUUGAAAAACUCCACUAUCUGGUCUGAAUUGGUCCAUGUGAAAUUGGACGCUGACUUCUUGCAAGAUAGUUUUGAGAACAAAUCGGCUGAGAAACAAGAAACUGGAAUGCGUAAAAUUGAAGUGUUGGACGUGAAGCGAUCACAGGCAAUCAAUAUCGGUAUGAAGGUCCUUCCACCACCUCGAACGAUAAGUACAGCCAUUCUGAAAAUGGACCCGUCCAUCAUCAAUCGGGAAGGCAUUGAGAAAUUGUUAACUUCCAUGCUACCCACCGAGGAAGAGUGUGACGCCAUCCUCAAAGCUAAAGCUGAACAGAACGGAUUGCCUCUGGGACAGGCGGAAGAAUUCCUCAUCACUUUGUCCGAAAUCACACAUUUGAAACCCCGACUGGAACUGUGGCUUUUCAAAUUAGAUUAUGAUACUACUGAAAAAGAAAUAGCCGACUCGCUAACAGAUUUGAAGCAGGGCGUCAUGGAGGUGAUCAACUGCAAAACACUACGUUACGUCAUAUCAACCUUGUUGACCAUGGGCAAUUUCCUCAACGGGACCAGUUUUCGUGGAUUCACAUUGGAUUAUUUGACCCGACUGCCAGAGGUGAAAGAUACGAAAAACAAGAACAGUUUGCUGUAUCACAUUUGUUGUAUUGUGUUGGAUCAAUUUCCGGACAGUACCGAUAUACAUUCCGAUUUGGGCGCCUUGUGUCGCUGUCAUCGGAUCGAUUGGGAAGAACUGCCGGAAAAAUUAAAAAAAUUAGAACGGGAUAGUAAACAGGCAUGGGAACACUACCGAUUAAUCUUUUCCUCGGCAAAGGAGAGACAAAAGAAUGCCAAACUCUAUGAAUUCCUCACGGAUGCUAUGGAACGUAUCAUCUGUUUGCAAAUGGUUUAUCGACGUGUGAUGGCAAGAUUUCGCCACAUGUUGGAGUAUCUGGGGUAUAGCUCAGGCAAGGCAUCUUCCAUGACAGUCAGUAGUUUCUGCCGAACAAUGGCUGAAUUCGCCCUGGAGUACCGAACAACGCGAGAGAAAAUCAUUGAGAGUCGCGAUAAGAAGGCCAAAGCACGAGAGAGGAAACGCACAACUGGAAAAAUGAUCAUCGAUAUCCCUGGAUUACGCGGAAAUCCGAAUAGAACACCACAAUUGAAAGAUGACGAAGAUUUACGUGAUCUACUCCUACGUCCAAGCAAUGAAACUGACUCGGAUGCCUCUUCUGUGAUCGGCACAUUUAGUCGAAGACGACCAAACACACCCGCUCGCCGUCAGGCUGCUCGUGGGAGAAGUCCCAGUGUGGUGAACGAUUCCCUAGACGCCUCAAUGGAGGCAUUGUAUCAGGAGCAGGAUAUUCUUCUUGACGCUUGCCUGAAAGCCACAUCAACCGAUUCCUUAUCAGGUGCCCUAUCAGGUCAGUCUGCCAGACGUGGACCACCACGGGAACGAAGACGUCCGGCUGACCGCGCGCGACAUUCUGUUCGUAGAACAAUUACCAAGAAACUAGCUGAUGAGGACAUGCGUGCACUUGAACGCAUAUUGCUCACCUCAGCCAAAUCGCCUUCGUAG